AUGCAUGUUCCUCCUGGUUUAACUGUAACAUCAACUUCCUCUACCUCUCAUUCCUCUACCUUAGUCUGCAAACUUAGAAAAUCCCUUUAUGGCUUGAAGCAAGCCUCUAGGCAGUGGUUUGCUAAGUUGUGUGAAUCCUUAUUGUCUAAAGGGUAUGUCUCUAGCAAAACUGAUUAUUCCUUGUUUACUAAGUGUUCUGGAGAUUCUGUUAUUGUUGUAGCUGUUUAUGUCGAUGAUAUUUUGCUAGCCGGGACUGAUACAGUUGAAAUGUUAGCCCUUAGAUCCUUUUUGGACUCUCAGUUCAAAAUUAAAGAUCUUGGACCAGUACACUAUUUCUUGGGCCUUGAAGUUCAUCAGACACCUCAUGGUUACCUUAUCAACCAGUUGAAGUAUACACAGGAUCUACUUCAUGAGUUUAACUGUGGUUCCUUGACUCCUGUUCUCACCCCUUUAGACUUCUCAGUCAAGCUCUCUCUUAACGAAGGUGAUUGUCUUCCAGAUCCUUCUGUAUAUAGACGGCUUAUUGGCAAGUUGAAUUUUUUACAACACACUAGACCGGAUAUUGCUUAUUCAACUCAACACUUGAGCCAAUUUCUCAAGGAUCCUAGGGUCCCUCGCAUGCUCAGUGCUAUUCAUGUUUUGCGGUACUUACUGAAUGAUCCUGGGCAAGACAUCUUAUUAAACAACUCUCCAGAUUUUUCUUUGGUUGCAUAUGCUGAUUCUGACUGGGCUGCUUGUCCAAUUUUCAAAAGGUCAGUUAGUGGGUUUUAUAUCACACUUGGGGGUUCUCCUAUCUCUUGGAAAUCCAAGAAGCAACCAACAGUCUCUUUCUCUUCUGCGGAAGCAGAGUAUCGCGCUCUGCGCAAAGUGGUUGCUGAGGUGUCUUGA